AUGGCUCAGAGCUCAGGUGCAGGCGGCAAGCAGCUCUGGGAACCAGUCAAGCAGGCAGCCGGACCAGUUAAUGUACCCAGGAGACAGAGCACUCUGCUGGGCUAGAGGCUGGAGCUCGGACCUCCAACCCGGAGCCCUACGAACAAACCUGGACCCGAAGUGUUUUUAUACAUUAUUCUUAAUCAAGAGGACAUUUCAUCAGGCUGUGGACCAGAUACAUGAAGUGUUUUUGUAUUUUUCUCUAAUUGUUUUGCACUUUGAGCACUGGGCAGUGGAAGCAGCUGCCUACAGCGGCGGGAGGAGGUUAACCACAGAGGAGUAUGAACAGUCUCCGUCCUGCCCCGAACUGGACCGGUGUGGAUAACUGCUGAGGGAGAUAAGGAACAAAAGAAAAAGAAGGAAAUCUUGACAACGAGGAGAGGAAAACCCUUCCCCUCUCACACACCUGUCAGGGCUCCUUCUCUGACAGAAAAAAAACACUCAGCCGAGGAACAAAAAGAUAAUUAGGAGCUGAGAAGAAAAGAGGCUGCAGAGCAGACUUUGGGUCCACGCUCUACUCCUCCACCCAUCCCUCCAUCCUUCUCCCGUUUCCCCACCUGUGAGGAUUUAAUUGGGCUGGAGCAGCAUGGCGCAUGCCGCCUCGCAGCUGAAGAAGAAGGCGGAUGAGAACCUCAACGCUGCGGAAGACGAGAAGGAGAAGAAGAAGGUGGCGAGGAGGCGUGCGCGCGUAGAGAAGAAAAAGACGGAUGUAAACGCCUGUUACCUGCGAUCAGCUCGAGCCGGGAACCUCGAGAAAGCUUUGGACUACCUGAAGAAUGGAGUCGACAUCAAUAUUUGCAAUCAGAACGGACUGAACGCUCUCCAUCUGGCCUCGAAGGAGGGCCAUGUGGAAGUGGUGGCUGAGCUCAUCAAGCAUGGCGCCAACGUGGACGCAGCGACUAAGAAAGGAAACACAGCCCUCCACAUAGCUUCCCUCGCCGGCCAGACAGACGUGGUGAAGGAGCUCGUCACUCACAGCGCCAACGUCAACGCACAGUCUCAGAAUGGCUUCACUCCGCUCUACAUGGCGGCUCAGGAGAACCACAUGGACGUGGUUCAGUUCUUACUGGACAACGGCUCCAGUCAGAGCAUCGCCACCGAGGAUGGUUUCACUCCUCUGGCGGUGGCGCUGCAGCAGGGACACGACCAGGUGGUUUCACUCCUGCUGGAAAACGACACCAAAGGGAAGGUCCGCCUGCCCGCGCUGCACAUCGCUGCGAGGAAAGACGACACCAAGGCCGCCGCGCUCCUCCUCCAGAACGACCACAACGCUGACGUGGAGUCAAAGAUGAUGGUGAAUAGAACAACAGAGAGCGGCUUCACUCCUCUACACAUCGCGGCUCACUACGGCAACAUCAACGUAGCAACGCUGCUGCUGAACAGAGGAGCGGCCGUGGACUUCAAGGCGAGGAACGACAUCACGCCGCUGCACGUCGCGUCCAAACGAGGGAACAGCAACAUGGUGCGCCUGCUGCUGGAGAGAGGCGCCAAAAUAGAUGCGCGGACCAAGGACGGUCUGACUCCUCUCCACUGUGGAGCGAGGAGCGGCCAUGAGCAGGUGGUGGAGAUGCUGCUGGACCGAGGAGCUCCGAUACUGUCGAAGACCAAGAACGGCCUGUCUCCGCUCCACAUGGCGACGCAGGGCGACCACCUCAACUGCGUCCAGCUGCUGCUGCACCACGAGGUGCCCGUGGACGACGUGACCAACGACUACCUGACGGCGCUGCACGUCGCUGCCCACUGCGGCCACUACAAGGUGGCGAAGGUCAUCGUGGACAAGAAGGCCAACCCCAACGCCAAGGCACUGAAUGGUUUCACUCCGCUGCACAUUGCCUGCAAGAAAAACAGAGUCAAGGUGAUGGAGCUGCUUCUGAAGCAUGGAGCGUCCAUACAGGCGGUCACUGAGUCCGGUCUGACUCCGAUCCAUGUUGCAGCGUUCAUGGGACACGACAACAUCGUCCACCAGCUGAUCAACCACGGGGCUUCACCCAACACGAGCAAUGUGAGGGGGGAGACAGCCCUCCACAUGGCGGCGAGAGCAGGACAGUCGAACGUGGUCCGGUAUCUGAUCCAGAACGGGGCGCGGGUGGAUGCCACGGCCAAGGACGACCAGACUCCGCUGCACAUCUCCAGCCGUCUGGGGAAACAGGACAUCGUCCACCAGCUGCUGGGAAACGGAGCGUGUCCGGACGCCACCACCAGCUCCGGCUACACACCUUUACACCUGGCAGCCAGGGAGGGACACAGAGACGUGGCCACAGCGCUGCUCGACCAGGGAGCGAACCUGGGAAUCAUUACCAAGAAGGGCUUCACUCCACUACAUGUGGCGGCGAAGUACGGGAAGAUCGAGGUCGCCAACCUGCUGCUGCAGAGAAACGCUCCGCCCGACGCUGCAGGGAAGAGUGGACUAACUCCACUGCAUGUGGCGGCGCACUAUGAUAACCAGAAGGUGGCGCUGCUCUUGCUCAACCAGGGAGCUUCACCGCACGCAGCAGCAAAGAACGGCUACACGCCGCUUCACAUCGCGGCCAAGAAGAACCAGAUGGAGAUCACCACCACGCUGCUGGAGUACGGCGCCUCCACCAACACGGUGACACGCCAGGGAAUCACGCCUCUGCACCUCGCGGCGCAGGAAGGCAACGUGGACAUCGUGACGCUGCUGCUGGCUCGAGACGCUCCCGUCAACAUGGGCAAUAAGUCCGGUCUGACUCCGCUCCACCUGGCUGCCCAGGAGGAUAAAGUCAACGUUGCUGAGGUUUUAGUCAACCAGGGAGCAACUGUCGACCCGGAGACCAAGCUGGGAUACACUCCGCUCCAUGUGGCCUGUCACUAUGGCAACGUGAAGAUGGUCAACUUCCUGCUGAAGAACCAGGCGAAGGUCAACGCCAAGACCAAGAACGGUUACACGCCGCUCCAUCAGGCGGCGCAGCAGGGACACACACACAUCAUCAACCUGCUGCUGCAUCACGGAGCGUCGCCCAACGAACUCACCGCUAAUGGGAACAGCGCUCUGUCCAUCGCCAGGAGGCUCGGAUACAUCUCUGUGGUCGACACUCUCAAAGUGGUGACAGAGGAAACUCUGACCACUCAGACGGUGAUCGAGAAGCACAAGAUGAACGUUCCGGAGACCAUGAACGAGGUGUUGGACAUGUCCGAUGACGAAGUCUGUAAAGCCAAUAUGCCCGAAAUGAUCACAGAGGACUAUAUAUCUGAUGUGGAAGAAGAGAUGGAUGUUGGAAAUAUCUGCAUCAGCUAUUCCUGUGACGAUGCGAUGACGGGGGACACGGAUAAAUAUCUGGCCCCGCAGGACCUGCGGGAGCUCGGGGACGACUCGCUCCCUCAGGAGGGCUACAUGGGCUUCAGCGUUGGCGCCCGGUCACAGAGCCUGCGUUCCUUCAGUUCUGAUAGGUCCAACACGCUGAACCGGAGCUCGUUCACGCGGGACAGCAUGAUGAUCGAGGAGAUGCUGGCGCCAAAGGAGAUGAUGCUCUGUAAGGAAAGGUCUUUCAUUGUAGAGCAACACAACAAGCAUUUGGCGGCGGCGAAGGACGCGGAUAACGACUCGCUGAGGAGGUACAGCUGGACGGCAGACGCGCUGGAUAACAUCAACCUGGUCUCCUCGCCGAUACACUCUGGUUUUUCCUCUCCGCUCCCGCAGUACGACAGCAGGUUUCUCGUCAGCUUCAUGGUGGACGCCAGGGGCGGCUCCAUGAGGGGGAGUCGUCACAACGGCAUGCGGAUCAUCAUCCCGCCCAGGAAGUGCACGGCGCCCACCAGGAUCACCUGCCGACUGGUCAAGAGACACAAACUGGCUUCGCCUCCUCCGAUGGUGGAAGGAGAAGGCCUGGCCAGCCGAUUGGUGGAAGUGGGUCCGGCGGGAGCUCAGUUCCUCGGGCCUGUGAUCGUGGAGAUCCCUCAUUUUGGCUCGAUGCGAGGCCACGAGAGAGAGCUGAUCCUGCUGCGCAGCGAGAACGGAGAAUCCUGGAAGGAGCACCUGUACGACUGUAAGACCGACGACCUCAAUCAGCUCCUCAGCGGGAUGGAUGAAGAACUGGACAGUCCUGAGGAACUGGAGAAGAAGAGAAUCUGCCGCAUCGUCACCAAGGACUUCCCGCAGUACUUCGCUGUAGUGUCUCGAAUCAGGCAGGAGACCAAUCAGAUGGGACCAGAGGGCGGGACUCUGUGCAGCCGGAGCGUCCCAUUGGUUCAAGCGUCCUUCCCUGAGGGGGCGUUGACCAAGAAGAUCAAAGUGGGACUGCAGGCUCAGCCGGUUCCCGACGACACGGUGAAGAAAAUCCUCGGUAACCGAGCAACCUUCAGCCCCAUCGUUACCGUGGAGCCCAGGAGAAGGAAGUUCCACAAGCCCAUCACCAUGACGAUCCCAGUCCCGCCCCUCUCAGGGGAGGGGCUUAGCAACGGCUACAAGGGAGACUGUACCCCGUGUCUCCGCCUCCUCUGUAGUAUUACAGGUGGAACGUCCCCGGCUCAGUGGGAAGACAUCACCGGCACAACUCCCCUCACCUUCGUCAAUGACUGCGUCUCCUUCACCACAAAUGUUUCUGCCAGGUUCUGGUUAGCAGACUGCCACCAGAUCCCAGAGACGGUGGGUUUGGCCAUGCAGCUGUACAGGGAGCUGAUCUGUGUGCCCUACAUGGCCAAGUUUGUGGUGUUUGCGAAGAUGAACGACCCGGUCGAGUCCAAACUGAGGUGCUUCUGUAUGACAGACGACAAGGUGGACAAGACCCUGGAGCAGCAGGAGAACUUCGAAGAGGUGGCCAGGAGCAAAGACAUCGAGGUUCUGGAGGGCCGGCCCAUCUAUGUGGACUGCUAUGGAAACUUGGCUCCUCUGACUAAAGGUGGUCACCAGUUAGUUCUGAACUUCUACGCCUUCAAGGAGAACCGCCUACCUUUCUGUGUCAAGGUGAGAGAUCCGAGCCAGGAGCCCUGCGGUCGUCUUACGUUCCUCAAGGAGUGUAAGAUGCAGAAAGGCCUGCCGCAGACGGCCGUGUGCAACCUGAACAUCACGCUCCCCGCGGUGAAGAAGGAAAUGGAGUCAGAUGCCGAGGAUGAGACUGAAAAGCCAGAGCGACGUCAUACCUUUGCAUCCCUAGCCUUACGUAAGCGCUACAGCUAUCUGGCCGAGCCUGCACUGAAAACAGCGGUUGAGCGAAGCACAACAGCAAGAACACUGCCUACUGGUUACCCUCACAAACCUGUCUUUCCAACCAGACCUUACCCACCAUGGUCGACUGCUCCUAUUACCGUCCCUGGCCAAACAAGGCCCGUCGGAGUGGGGGGUUCCCUCAACACUACCGAUUCACCGGCAGGCUCACCAGCUGCUUCUCCAUUAAAAACAACCUGGCCCCUUGCCUCCCCCUCACCUGCAUGUGCUGCAACUAUGAGAGUCACCCUUGGAGCCCCGCCACCAGUACCUACCCAGUCAACCCCAGUUAAAUCAGUUAGCGACAAAUUGUCCUCAUCCCCCAGCAGAUCUUACAGGACUAUGCCUUCACCCAUCAAAACUGUUGUCCAGCUGGGUCAGUACCCUGUCCAGGGGUCUGCCAGCCUUAUGUCCUCUGGAAGCCCAUGUAAAGCUGCCACAGAUCCAGCAUCUAUCAAAAGCCUUGCCUCAGCAUACACAUCCACUUCCCCGCUUCACUCAAUAGCCAACGGCUCCGUACCAGAUAGGUCAUCAGCUCAUAUGACUGCUCCAUCAUCGCCAAAGACAUCGUACAACAUGUACAACUCUAACCUGCCUUUUAAAACUGCCCUCGGGUCCACAGUUGCAGAUGCAGUGGCACCUAAAAGCAUCUCCAGCCUGUCGUCUUUGAAAACCGCUGUAGAUUCAACGCUCUCAACCAGAGGAGGGAGGUCGUCCCACUCGUCUCUCUCCUCAGCUGGGCAGACAACCAUUCCUUCCUCAGAACUGUCCAUGAUGAACGGAUCAGUCUCGCCCGUUAAAUAUCCGUCCUCCUCCUCCACACCGUCCUCCCCUUCUUUUCGCCAGCUCUCAGAGAGAAGUAGCAGCCUUCAGGAGAGGAUCCAAGCCACCACCCAGGCAGCGACCUCCGGUGUCAGUGCAGCCAUAAAUGAAGCUAUAGAUUCUCAUUCUGUGUCAGGCUAUGGCACUCUUAGAUCACUGUCCUCCUCGCGUAGGACUGCAACAGCCAGCUCUGCUUACGGAUCUCUGAGAUCUGUAGCUGCCACCUCCAGCCCGGCAGUUUCGUGUAAUGCAAUGACUGUACCUGUGUAUUCCUUAGUCAACGUAAUUCCAGAGGCCCCUGUCAAACCAGGGCCAGGGUCUCUCAAAAUGGCACUGCCUGACCCUCCUCGUGCCUCACCCAUGCCUUCCUCCUGUAUGUCUUCCUGCGUUACGACAUCAAAAAUCAAUUCCCAGCUGAAAUCUCCUCCAUUUAUCACGCCGCCUAUCAUCCACCCAACUGCAACUUCCAACCAGGAGAUUCUAAAAGAUGUAGCAGACAUGAAAGAGGAUCUUAUCAGAAUGACAGCUAUUCUUCAGACAGACACACAGACGGCAGCUAAAACUGUCCAAACAUCCCACACUGGCACUCCGAAAGAGGCCAAGUUAGAGGAUGAGGAGCCGUAUACACUAGUGGAGAAAGUGAAGGAAGAUUUGGUGAAAGUCAGUGAGAUAUUACAGAAAGAUAUCAUGAGUGAAGGUAAGGCCAUAACAGGUAGAGAGAAAGUCUCAGAGGACGAAUGGGAGGAAUUUACUAAAGACGAGAUCGAAGAGGCACAAAGAAGUGCCCUCUCUGAUUAUUACCCACAGUUUGAUGAAAACACACUCCUGCUCAAACACCAGGCCAUGUCAAGCAGAGACUUAGAGUUGGCUAAAGUAGUAGACUUUUUAACAAACGACAUCGGCGCUAGCUCUCUCUCCAAAAUGGCAGAGAUAAAGUGUAGGUACGAGGAGGAGGCAAAAAGGGAAGGGGAGGAGAAACAGAAACGUGUUCUUAAACCAUCUAUGUCGAUACAAGAGCACAAACUCAAAAUGCCUCCUCCGGUCUCAGGCAUGCUCAGGUCUCCCUCAGAGAAAGACCUGAGCAAACUUGCUGAAUCGUAUCAGGGGACGGACACUAUUUUGGAAUCACCUGAGGACCUGUCACAUGAGCAGGAUAAGAGUCCCCUGUCAGAUAGUGGCUUUGAGACAAGGAGUGAAAAGACACCAUCUGCUCCUCAGAGUGCAGAAAGUACAGGACCGAAGCCUUUAUUCACAGAUUCACCCAUCCCCCCCUGCGUAACCGAGACUAGAACUGAAGUGGUCCACAUUAGGAGUUACGAGCAGCCUGAUGAUCUUUCUGAGCCUGUACUCAUGGACGAAGCUGCAUCUGCUCUUCCAUCUAUAGAGCCAGAUGCAGCUUCAACAAGCUCUGUCAAAGCCUUACAGUUGAAAAUGCCAGAAGAGGACUCAAUGAUGAACAAAAGUGUGUGUCUGAAAGAGGAAACUCAUAUUACGACUACAACUAGAAUGGUCUAUCACAAGCCCCAACUGACUGACGGAGCUGAGAUGAUAGAGGAAGGUAUGUCAGUAAGCGAUAUCAUGAAAGCCUUCCAGUCGGGUAGGGACCCCUCCAAAGAACUGGCAGGUCUAUUUGAACACAAAGCUAGCCAGGAUUCUGUUAAAGGUGAUGAGCUUACUCCUAGAUUUCUCGACAGAGACGUUAAAUCCAAACCCAAAGUCGAGAGGAUAAUCGAGGUUCAUAUUGAAAAGGGCCACAGCACGGCAGAACCAACGGAGGUGAUUAUCAGGGAAACCAAAAAACACCCUGAGCUUUAUGUCUACAAAGGGGACCAUGGGAUUAAAGAACUUACUGAUUAUGAUGAGGCCCAACAGGAAGAAGAGGAGCUCACUGCUGAAGAAUCACUGCCCUCCUUCCUAGAAACAUCUCGAGUUAACACCCCAGUGUCACAGGAAGAGGACAGUCGGCCAAGCUCUGCCCAGCUAAUGGCAGAUGAUUCAUAUAAAGCCCUGAAACUAUUGAGCCAGCACUCGGUAGAAUACUACGAUGAUGAGCUAUCAGAAAUCAGAGGCGAGUCAUAUAGGUUUGCAGAGAAAAUGCUCCUCUCAGAGAAACUAGAUGCGUCAUCAUCUCACUCUGAUACAGAGGAUUCAGCAGUGGGGACUGACAAACAACACCACUUAGCUUCUGAAGAGAGUGGCAGCCGUGGCAGUGAGAGCAUGAGUCAGCAACAUGGAAGCCCCAAAAGAGAGUUUGUUUCUAAGUCAUCAAAAGAUGGUUCCCCUAAAUCUGGUAGAUUCGUGCACAGGGAUGAACCAUCUCAGUUUGAUAAAGUGACAGUGCUUCAUUACUCCACAGAACAAGGUAGCCCCAAACACGCUGUUUGGAUGCGAUUUACAGAGGAUAAACAUGACAGGAGUAGGGAUAAGCUGCUUUAUGAGGAUAGGGUAGACCAAACUGUCAAGGAAGCUGAGGAAAAACUCAGUGAGGUAUCACAAUUCUUCCGUGACAAAACAGAGAAGCUGAAUGACGAGCUGCAGUCCCCUGAGAAAAAGCCCAUUAGACGAGAGCCAAAGGAACCCAGGUCCUGGCCUAGCUCCGCCUGCAGUAGUCCUGAGAAAACACAGCAGAAACCUAAAUCAGGUGAAGAGGUCUUUAGUAAAAGUAAACUUAAGGAGCCCUCUGUUGGUAAAAUGUUUGGCAGUACCACUCCAACAGAAAAGAAAAGCUCUAGCUUACCAAGUAGUCCCCAGAGAGGCAUGAUAUCUCGUGUCAGUGAGGAGAAAAUAAAACAACAAACUAAAACCAGUGAGUCUGAACCGUCUUCUCCAGCUCAUGCACAGUCAACAUCCAAAGUCAGUGCAGUGAGGAUGAAGUUUGAGUCUGCAGCUCAGAAACAAAGUCAGUCUAGCCCAACUAAAACUCCUCCUCCAGUGCAGCCAAAACCUUCAAUUAAGAAAUUACAGGAGAGCAAACUUCCUGUUUAUCAAUUGUUCACAGGUAAAGCUUCAAAAGUAUCUGAAACAUCAGGAGAAGAAAGCCAGAAAAAGGAUGAGAGGGACACAUUUGCCACCACAGAUAGCAGUAAACCAGCUUCGAUAUCGCCAACAUCUAAAGCCCCAAAACAUUCAGGAGAAAAACUGGCCAACAAGAACAUCCCAGAGGCCUCGGUGCAAAAACCAAUUAGUGGAAUUGAGACUCAAAAGGCAACACCUAAAGGGAAAGAUGUCGCUUCCAGUGUUACUCAGGACAUUAAGGACAGCAGUAAAAGUCAGAAAGUUCAGACACCUGUUGUUCAUGAUACUACUAAACCACAAGAGAAAGACAGUGGUGUUAAAAAGUACCAGCAAGUCACAAAAAGUGAGUCUGCUUCCAAAGAAGUAAUAGCUGAGGUUUUAAGAAAAGACACAGAAGAAGCACUAAAUAAAAACUUAAGAAAAAAGACGGAGUCCCAAAUUCCUGUAAGGGCCUCUCCUACUUUGGAUAAUGACCUCACAAAGAAACAGACGGUAACUAGACCCUCACAGAUACCUACUUUAUCAAAGAGUAAAAUACAGAUGAGUCUUGAGACAAUCCCAGUGAAAACAGAUGAAACUCGGACAUUUGAAAUUCUAGAUAAUGCACCCAAAGAUUCCAACUCUAAUAACCUCACCAGUCCUAGAGAAACACUGGAGAAAGUCAUUACCCCUUCACCUGUGGUAACAACCAAAGAGAAUUUCAAGGGCAUCAAAACGUUACCUGUUUAUGUCAGUGUCCAGGUGGGAAGGCAGGCAGAGAGGGAGGCCAAAGGGACGGUGUAUACGGUAAAACAGAAAUCAAACUCGGCACUCAGCCCAAUUAGCCCCGAUGAUGACACGCUAGAACAGGUCUCGUUCAUAGACAGCUCAGGUAAAAGCCCAGUUACACCAGAUACUCCCAGCUCUGAGGAGGUCAGCUAUGACCUCACGUCCAGGACUACCGAGUGCUUUAUGGGAUUCAUGCCAGGGAAACCCAGCCCCAUCAUGGAGGUAUCUGAAGAAUCAGAGGAAGAUGACCAAGGCAAAGUUGUGUUCUCUUUCAAAGAGGCCUUACCAGAAAGCAAAACUAGUGUUCUUGCCACUCAAGCAGACCUUGUUAAUGCUAAUAAGGAGGAAACUAAAAUGAAUGAUAACCAGCAGGAAUCAAGUAAUAAUCUCAACCAGCAGGAUAUAACUAAUGGCAGGCAAGAUGAAACAACAGGGAAAGAGCAGCAAGAAGUCUCAAAAGACAAAGGUAUUGCAUAUAUUGAGUUCCCUCCCCCUCCUCCUCUGGACUCUUCAGAGGCUUCAGACCAGGAAAGGAAAGGUUCCUGUGCCUCUUCAGAGACCGAGACAGAAAUGAUGGAGGUGAACUUACAGGAAGAACAUGACAAACACUUCCUGACUGAGCCGAUUAUACGUAUCCAACCUCCUACCCCAGUGCUCCCUGGGACUGAUGACAGUCAAUCAAAUGAUGAAGAAGAUGACGAGUCAAUCUUCCAACCAAUUCCUUGUAAGAAAUUCACUGCCAAGGUUCCUGAGGAGGAGGAGGAGAAGAAGAAGGAAAAGGAAAAGACAUCUAAACCCAAGAAACAUGACAAAAAUGGAAACAACAAAGAACCUAAUGGGACCAAUGGCUCCAAUGGUUCCAAUGGCAAAGGAGAGGACUAUGAUUAUGAACAAAAUGGAAAUGACCAGUCAAUAACUGACUGUUCAAUAGCCACAACGGCUGAAUUUUCUCAUGACACAGAUGCAACAGAGAUAGACUCGCUAGAUGGGUAUGAACUUCAGGAUGAGGAUGAUGGCCUGUGCGAACAGGCAGAUUUACGGCUGUUCGGUCUACCAGACAGUAGGAGAGACGUCUGGGCAACAGAUACCUUUAGGUCCACUGACCGCUCUUUUCCGCCAACAAAACUGGAAGUUAUUGAAGAGGAGAAAACCCCAGAGGAAAUCCAAAAGGACACUUGCAAAAAGGAUACACCCUCAAAUGGUGAAAAACCUAAUGGUGUCAGUAAGGAUGGGGUUACAAGUCAGGAACAAAAACCCUCGGAUAAAGAGGGAUUUUCAGACACUUACUUUAGCUAUAAGUUAGAAGAGGAGUUUAACUCCCCUUUUAAGACUGUUGCCACUAAAGGGCUGGACUUUGACCCCUGGCCCAGUAAAAGUGCAGAGGAAGAUGUCGUUGACAUGGGCGGGACGCGGGAAAGCAAUGGUGAGCCUAAGCCUUUUGGACUGGCAGUGGACGACCAGUCUCAGGCCACGACACCAGACACUACCCCAGCCCGAACACCAACGGACGAUAGCACGCCAACAAGCGAGCCAAACCCAUUCCCCUUCCAUGAAGGGAAGAUGUUUGAGAUGACGCGCAGUGGUGCGAUUGACAUGAGCAAGAGGGACAUGGUGGAGGAGAGGCUCCAGUUUUUUCAGAUUGGCCCUCAGAGUCCCUGUGAGAGAACUGACCUCCGCAUGGCAAUAGUAGCCGACCACCUCGGACUCAGCUGGACUGAGCUGGCCAGGGAGCUGGAUUUCUCUGUGGACGAGAUCAACUUCAUCAGAGUGGAGAACCCCAAUUCCCUGACAGCACAGAGCUUCAUGCUCCUAAAGAAAUGGGUGCACAGGGACGGUAAAAAUGCCACAACGGAUGCUUUAACUGCGGUGCUGACUAAGAUCAAUCGGUUGGAUAUUGUGACUUUGCUGGAAGGGCCCAUAUUUGACUACGGUAACAUUUCAGGCACACGCUGCUUUGCCGAUGAUAACGCAGUAUUCCCGGAUCAGUCCGAUGGAUACCACAAUAUAGAUCUGGAGCUGAAAACCCCCACAGACCUGACCUACGAGCCCCCCACCCCGCUGCGCUCAGACAACUUCUUUAGCGAGGGCGAUGCUAGCGCAGACUCCCCUACCAAGACCACGCUUACUAGACCUAGCGACCUCUCCCUCACUCAGACCACCAGUACCUCCAGCAGCGACCCCCUCACAGUCGCCCCUGCCCCCGGCUCCAAGGCCCUCGAGCCCCCUAUCGUCGGAGCUGAAGACACAACCCUGACCACCGACGUGAGAGGGAUGUCUGCAGAGGAAGAGACAGGGCUGGUUUCGUAUGAGAGGCCGGGUAACGACAGAAGGGCCGUAGAGAAAUCAGGAAAGGGAACAGACGGGCUCGCUGAGGCCUUAGAGAAAGAUCUGAAGGCAGGGGAAGGCGUUGCUCCGGAGUGUCAGGGGGGAAACCAAAAAGAGGCCACGGAUCACGGAAAUGGACGGCAGGAAGAAGAAGAGGAAGAGGAGAUGACCCAGGAGAGGCUGCAGAGUCUGCUGGAGGAUAUAACCCUGGAGGGAGGCUUGGAGGACGUGGAGAUGACGGAGGAGGGGGUGAAAGCCAUCCUGGAACAAGUACGGCAGGCAGAAAAAGACAUGUGUUCAGUUCCAGGCUGGAGCAGCGAGACGUCCGGCGCCAUCGGAGAGUCAGGAGCCCCUGGCCUGAGCGCCGCUGAGGAGGGCAGCCCCGACAGUCUGGCUGAUUCGUUGGAGCAGCCCCCGGCUCAGACGGGCCGACAGAACGGAGAUCACAGAGACGCAGCCAGGGAAGGAAAAGAGAAGGAGGCCAAGAAGAACGGCUCCCAGGAGGACAGCAGCACAGCGGGACCAAGCAGAGGACGGGAGGAGGGAGGAGAACGAUCCCAGCACAAAGUCCAGGGGAGCGUCAGAGCCGACGAGUCCGGCUCUGACGGGGAGACCACCGUCACCACCAGGGUGUACCGCAGACGAGUCAUACUCAAGGGAGAGGAGGCCAAAAACAUUCCUGGCGAGUCUGUGACGGAGGAGCAGUUCACAGAUGAAGACGGGAAUCUGGUCACCAGAAAAGUGAUCAGAAAGGUGGUGCGCCGUGUGUACAACACGGAGGAGAGGAGGGACAGUGAAGGCGACGCUGUUGCAGAGGAAGGAGCUGCUGGUGGUGCUGGUGGUGCUGGUGGUUCUGGUGCUGGUGCUGGUGUUGGUGGGGAUGUGGCGACAGGUGGAGCAGCUUCUCCUUCAGCAGGAGCAGCGACAGCAGGAGCCACGGGGGGGAAGGGCAAGAAGAGGGGGAAGCGAAACCGACAGGGUCACAAGUCUGGAGAGGAGGCCCAGAGAGGGAAAACUGAGCCUGGAGACGGCGCCAGCAAGAAACAAGGGAAGAAGAGUCAGUCGUAACAGCCGAGCUCUCAACUACACCAGGUCCACCGACGUCCACCUGCGACAUCACACAAACACCCUGGGAGGAAAAAGAAAACCAGACUGAAAAAGCCUUUUUGUCGAAAUCGGCCGGGGGAAAAAAAAA